UGCGUUCUAAAUUCUAUCACGUUUACACUACCAGAAUGACUGGCCGUGGUAAGGGAGGAAAGGGAUUGGGAAAAGGAGGAGCCAAGCGCCAUCGCAAAGUUCUUCGCGAUAACAUCCAGGGUAUUACCAAGCCUGCCAUCCGCCGUCUGGCUCGUCGUGGAGGUGUGAAGCGUAUUUCUGGAUUGAUCUACGAAGAGACUCGUGGUGUCCUCAAGGUAUUUCUUGAGAACGUCAUCCGUGACGCCGUCACCUAUACUGAACACGCUAAAAGGAAGACCGUUACUGCCAUGGACGUUGUCUACGCAUUGAAGAGACAAGGACGUACUCUCUAUGGUUUCGGCGGUUAACUUAUCUGCA